UUCCUGUCUUUACUUCAAAGGUGUCACUGAGCUUUCCAUUGUGGAUCACUUAGGUUUCAUUAUCUUCAAUGUUAAAUGUGCAUACAUUUAGAAAGGUUACCAGCUGUGUUUAUAGGUCGUAAUUUUGACAGCUUCCUAUUUCUGCCUUUUAAAAAGUCAUCAUUACUAUUAUGGUGAUGAUACAGGAAAUUUAAACCUUUCAUAAUUUGUCGCUUGAAUUCAUUUUUAAUUUUAUGGUUAACUGUCCUACUGAAACUUGGUUUAUCAAACGAAAAACAUGACAGCUUUGAAUAGUACCAAAUCCAAGAUAACUUUCUGUUGAUUUGGCUAUCUAGACUGAGCGUUCAGAUUAUAUUGUCCUCGACAUUUUAUUCCAGUUGGAUUCCAUGUGUCCUCGGUUACUACUCAGUCGUUAUAUAUUUGGGAUGUAGCAUUAUUCUUUAUAAAGUGACUCAAUCAGGUGGUUGCCGGGAAAUUACUACGGUGAAUAUUUUCGCAAUUUAGUUUAUCUAACAAUAUGAAGUAUAUUCUUGUCUGUGUGGUAAAAUACUACUCUUUUCCCAUUUUUUUCAUAUUUAUCUAGCGUGCUUCACUGUGUCGUACCAGCUCUUCUGGUUCCGUAUCAGCGAAUGGAAAAACGACUAUAAUCAAUCCCAAAAAUAAUCGAUCUUUGAGGAAUUUAGGUAUCGGGGGUUUUCGUGCAAAACCGAAUCGUUGGCAACAAACAAAAAAGAUACAACUCGCUGCAGCAUCUGACCCUUUUGUUGGUCCACCAACAUCAGAUAAUAAGCGUCGCCGUCAAAGCAAAAAGAAAUCUCAGUUGGAAGAUAAUUACCCUGACUAUUUAAUGAAAGCUUUCUAUGGCACAACUUUACUUCUAGCCAAAAGGAAACCAUUGCGAAGAAAGAAAAACCGUCUUCGUCCAAAUGCAUCAUCGAAUACAUCUUUAGGGGGCACUGAGUCUACUGGUGGAACCAAACAGUUUAAAGGUCAAUUUUCUCCUUCAUUUCGUUCAUCAAAACUGAUAAAGAGUGGUGCACUUGGGAAGAAAAGUAAUAUUGCUCGUCUUGGCAAUCGGCAUAAAUCAGAUGAUUCAGGUCUUGAUACCGAAUGGAUGGAAUCAGGAUUAAAGAAUGAAGAAUCAGAAAUUGCGGCUGAAGAACUAGAUGAAGAAGAUGAUAUUGAUGAUGGGGAUGAAGAAUAUGACGAAGAAGAUGAUGUCGAUGGAGAUUUGUGUGGUUUCGAUGAACUGAAAGAUCUUGAAGAUGAAAUGGACAACGAUGCACUGGAUUUGGAAGAAGAUGAAGACUUAACGGCUACAUUAAACCCAGCUACACAUCAGUUAACUGAAAGGGUUUCCGAGUUAAAAAUGACUGAGGGCUUUGUUGACUCAGAUGUAAUACGGACACAAUCAGACAGUACACAGGCUAAUAGUAUAGAUGAUAGUGUUUCUCGAGAAUCUUUUGCACCUAAUUAUACUACUAGUCAAACUUCAUCGUCCAAAUCUCAUGUUUUAAUCAAUUCUGGCGCUCGUGAUAACUAUCGAUUAACUCCGUCGGAUACCAUACAGCUUAGUCCAAAGCCUCAAAAUGGGGUUACUGCUUUGGAUCCAUCUACAGAUCCCAUUCCACCUCAACAAGAUCAUGUUUCAAGUGUUCUUCACUCCUCGAACAAGGAACUUGAUCCACAUGUUGAAUUGUCGUCUACUCAUUCCCCACAAAAACAAUCUUCAAACCUAUCUGUGACCACUGGUGUUACAGGGCAAACUGUUAAUUCAAUACCACAAGCUGCUACACCGACUGGUUUAAAUGAAGCUGCUGACCUUAUGUUUAUGGAUGAUUACUUGUUUGGAUUUGGAGACUUGGCGACAACUGACGAAACUGAUUUAAAUGAUAUCACACCUCAACAAGUGUCUACAGAUCAUGUAACGACUCAUUUACAAAAUCCUAACCAAUUGCCAGUAGAGCAUAUACCAAAAAAUCAAUUGAAGGAGUCGGUAUCAAAUGAAGGUUCAGCUCAUGUUUCAUUCAUCCACUCUCAAAAUAAUCAACAUUCUCAAUCUUCCGAAAACUUUUCAGUUUCUGAGAAAGUUGCCUAUCAGUCUCAACUUUCAGAGUCUGUGAGAAUGAAAGAACCUAUAAGUUCUGAAGAAAUAUGUUUAAAACAAUUUGUUGCACAACAAGAUCUAAUCAGUUCACCAUUCGACAAUCAGAGUCAACAGCAUCAUCUUCCUCUCGUUAACAAAUCUCAUUAUCAGAAAGCACUAUAUGUAGGUUACUCAUCAUCUACUUAUCAGCAAAUCAUUGAGGAUCAGCAUCCUCGAAACGUUCAACAUACUGUACUUUCAGAAUCACAACAGUCUAAUCUGACUAAUCAGGAACAACAGGUCCGUAAAAUAGGAUCACAGUCAAUUCAUGAUCCUGCUGAUACUUCGUUGAAUCAGUUGGUUGAUUCUGUUGAUGUAUGCCAUCCAAAUAGUGCAAUAAUGAAUGCAUACAACUUGCCUUCUCGUGACACUUCUAGUAGUCAUGAUCCUGGCUCUUCACGAAAUGUUUCUGUACCACAUCCUCGUCAUUGUGUCAACACGCUGACAGGUAAUCUACCUGAAUUAUCUGUUAGUGAUAUUGAGACACAACUUGGACCUUCAACAGGUUUUGAGCUUAAUGAACCCACUUUAGCCGAUGAUAGUCCAAAAUCAAUAAUACCAAAUGCUGCAUUCAGUAAUGAUUUGAGCACAACACCACCACCGUCUGAAAUAUCUAUUCAACGUUUACCCCAACAACGUCAAAAUAUAAUUCACAUAGAUCCUGAUCCUAUUCGUCAACCAUAUUCUCAACGUUCUGUAGAACAGUGUCGGGAAUAUCAAGCAAGCAACCAACAAGUUAAUAUUCAACAACAUCAAAUUUCUCGACCUUCUCUAGUUCCGGUUCCUAUUCCUCAGAAUCAAGUCAGACCAAUGCAACAGCAGCAUGUGGAUUCUCAGGGUGGUCGAGUACAACUAAGAGGUUCACAACCAUCAUAUUUUUAUGCACAUGUUGUUCCUGUUCCUGGGCGUGUUUUAACUCAGUCCCAAAAGCAGCAACACCAACAGAUUCAACGUCAGUCUAGUUCACCUAUUGUUUUGCAAAGCCCAGUUCCCCAGCAGGUACAACAACAGCAUCUCUCAAUGGUAGGGGGGCAUGGAAAGUUCAUCUCUCAGCCUUUACAACCCAAGUCUCCUAACACAAUGACUCCCCCACCUCCACCACCAUAUCCUUCUCAGGUAAUAAGACCAGGAAUGUGGCAGCAGCAGCAGCAACAACAACAGCCUCAUUCUCGUUUGAUUUCUUCAUCCAACCAAGGAGCUAUUAUGCUUUCUGCAACUGGACAAUGCAUAGUUCCUCAAGCUUCAAAUUCGGCUCAGUUACUGAUGUCUCCUCCACAAUCAAAUGUACCCAUGGAUGCACAACAGAUUAUUCCAGUUUGCUGUCAGCCGAAUACUCCAGUUGAAUACAUACAGCGUUCGUGUGUAUCACAUCCUGUGCAUAGUUCUGGUGGCCUUCAGCGAACUCCUCCAACACAACAAAUGAUUUUACAUGGUCAACCAGUACAUGUUUAUCAAACUGAUCAUGUUACUCCGCCUAACUGUCGACAGUUCACAGGUCAUCCUGGUACAUUAUCUCCACAUGGUCCAUCUGGUGUUCUACGUUUUAAUAGUGGCUCUGAGGAAGUAAUUCUGAGAUGUUCUACGGAACUUCAGAGUCAUACUAACAUGCUUAAUCCAAAUUCGUUGAGAUCACCCAGUGUUGAAGGAAACGCUCAUCAUGUUGUUUUAAACCGUCCAAAUCAAGCAAAUUUGCUGUCUUGUACAGGGUCAAACACUUCGCAAAUGUGUUUAUCGGGUUCUAGUUCUAAUACAUCGAAUUCGGCAAGCAGGCGAAUUAAUUAUCAUAAAUGGGAAGAAGAUGAACGACUUGGUGGUCAGUCAACAAUAGCUCCAGUGUUACACGCAAAUAUCUCGCAUCCUACCCUACGAGGUCAGUAUCCAGAAUUCACUGUUCGUGCUAAGGAAAUAAGUAAACUCUGGCGUAGACUUUCUAGUGAAGAACGUGGAACCUGGGUGAUGCAAGCUCGAAACAAUCGGACAACGUUACGUUCCAAUCAAACUAAUAUUCCUGCAACUAUAUCUUCUGGAGCAAGUGGUAACGCAAUAUCACCUACACAACAGUACUUUCAGUCUAGUGCUUUAACAGAUCAAGUAAUGCCUUCAAAAUCUGGAUCAGAGGUGUCGUAUCCUUUAGAAUCUCCUACACCUUACAGUCGUCCUCAAAGUCACACACCUCAUCAUAUUCAAUCUGAACAGCAACAAAUGAUUGCACACUCUCCACAACAGAAUCAUCAUCACCAUCAACAGCCAAAUGAUAUCCAACAGCAACAAAAACUACCGAAUCAACCAUCUCAGCAGCAGCUACAGAGUCACCACCAGCAGCAUGUUAUUCAAGUUAAAGAAGUGCACAGAUCAUUGACUCCUGAUAGCUCAAAUAUUGACUACAUUCAAGAUCGCAUUAUGCCAUCGCAUAUGCUUUCGGCUAGUGGUGGAGUUGAUUCCGGUGUUGCUCAUCAUCCUUCUAUGUGUAAUCAAAUGAUAACCAAGGCCUCAUCAAACCAAAGUUUGUCGUAUGUUAACCCUGAAGUGAAUACAUCUGGAAGUAUUCCGCCACACCAGCACAAUCAGCAGGCGUUAGGACUAACCACUCCCUCUCCAUGUCAGUCUUAUUUGGCAUCACCCGUGAACUCCAGACCAUCAUCUCGCCACCAGACAUCUUUACCACCCCCUCCUCCAAUUUGGCCGCCAUCAGGAAAUAUGAAUUCUAUCAGUGCGGGAUCUGCUGGUGUGAAUUCACCCAGUAAUUUAAAGCAACCAACUCCACCACCUUCCUCUUGUUCGUCAAUGUCUCCUGCACCACUAAGAUCACCUGCUUCAAUGCAUGCUCCCACUCCUACUUCUUUCCAUGCACCACAUCCAUAUCCUCCACAUGGUACAAGCUCGUUAACAAGUCCAGUACAGUCACCUAUUCCUCCCCAAUCCCCUUCAAAUGUGAGUCAAUUGAUGAGGAAUAGCACCGCGGGAACAGUUACACCUUUGCCGUCACCACAUCCAUCUCCUCUUGCACAGUCUCAUCAUUCAGGUUUACCUAGUGGUCAUCACCUUCCAUCACAAUCCUCAAUUCCUUCAGAGAGUCCAGUUAAUCGACAGCAGAUGCAUUCUUUUACUGCUUCACAUCCUGCUACUCCGGGAACACCAAACAGUCACUUAUGUGGUCCUGGGAAUACCUUUUCAGCUCCUGCAACUCCUGGAACUGGGUCGUCUCCUGGUAAUGUUGGUGUGCUUUGUCAUUCUACCCCAACGAAUUCAGGUAACGUUUUCAUUGUUGGCGGUUCAGGAAUGCAUGCUGCUGGUAGGAUUACAUCAGAAGAUAUCUGUCAACCUGUUUCUGCAGUGAAUGUGCUUUCGCAGUCUUCAACGACUGAACAUGUACCGUCUUCGUUAUCAGUUGCAGUUGAACAAGGGUCAUCAUUAAAUUCCUUCAGUGGUUCUCACCCGCAAUCUCAUGCUCAACAUACAAGUCAUUCCAGUAUCGAGUUGGAACGUCAGCGUCUCAAGGAAACCCUAGCUAAACAAGUACAUCAACGUCAAGUUCAGCAUCAACAUCAACAGCUUGUACAACAACAGCAACUUCAUCUUGCUCAACAAGAUCAGGAGCAUACAAUGACACGUCAUCCACAUUCUCAGUCCUCUGUGUUACAGCAAGGCGGUUCGUACUCAGGACUUAUUUAUCCAUCUUUGAAUCAGUCUGGUAAUGACAUUGUUAGUCAGCAACCUAGCGAACCACACAGUCAGUCUUAUAGCAGCUAUAUUAGCAAUCCUGUGUGGCAGCAGCACGGUUCAGUCCACGAUCCUUAUCAUUCUGUAUCACCACAUAAUCAAACUCAGCAGCAGUCAAUGAGACAUGCUUAUUUUACACAGCAGGUUUCUGCUCAGCACCCAGCACUUUUCUAUCAACAAUCUCAACCUAGACUAGCUCCAAUCUCACCCAAUGGAUCAAGAAUUUUAACAUCAGUUACUCCUGGUGUUUCUUCAAUUAGCCAACAGGUUUCUAGUCAGUUUAUUCCUACAACUAAUCCGUCUGCUCAAAAUGAUUACACGAAUGCUCAAAAUACUCCUGUGCCAAAGGCAUCGAGAUUAGCAUAUCCAGAGAUGUCUGAGUUGGUGCAUCCAUCUCAAAUUCUUAGUGAAUCUGCACCUAAUUACGGGAUUAGUAAUCAAAAUAUGAUGACUACUAGUCGUAGUAACCAACAAAUGGUGCACUCAAAUUCCAUGCAGGUAUAUCGUAGCAAUAUUACUCAGCGUAAUGAUCACCCUUCAUUAACGAAUCCUUAUCGUCAAGUGGAUGUUAUUAGUUCGCUGGGUUCAACUGAUAAUUCACUUAUCACUGAUUUACCUCGGGCGUCGUCUGUGGCUGGUUUAGAAGAAAUCGGAUUUGAACCUCCGAUUAUAGUGAGUCGCCUUGCUGCCAAGGAAAAACGAUAUGCUCCAGCUACCAAUGUCAGUUUACUUGGUAGUUCUGGUUUUCAAAAUGAUCACAGCAUUGAUCAACAACGAUUGAGUUUCGAUAAUCCUAGUGCUCCACCCGGAAGUAAUGAUAUUACAAAUUUUCCGUAUCGAACGGCUUCUGAAGCCGUUCUACAAACACAUAUCAAUUCAAUCAAUAAAUCUCCAACCACUUGUAUAUUGAAUAAACCAUUAUCUAUUCCAUGUAGCACAGAUGCUAAUCAUUUGGAUGAUGUAAUAGCUCAUGUUGUAUCAGAUGCUGUAGCCUAUGCGGAUAAAUCCAAUCUCAAUGUUAUUAGAACUCAAUCUUCAAAUAAUCAAUUAAUUACUGCACAAUCUUUCGAUUCGAUACCAAUUUGUUCAGCGUUUGUUCAUCACACUUCAUCAAAUAUUGAAUGGUCUAAUUCUAAUCGCCUUAUUAUUAAUAGCGAAAGUGGUACACCGUUUCGUACUCCUAAUCCAGAUGAUCAACAGCCUUCUUAUAUAUCAGACUCUUACUUUAGAAAUGUACCAGUUUCUUUAUCGAAUAGCCCAGUGGAUAGUAAAGAUCAAACAACAGGACAGUUAGUAUUAUUUCCUUCUCACUCUGAACCAAUGAGGUUAACUGAAUCUCAAAUACUAGUACAGCAACAACAACAAUCCUUAUCUCAAUCCCAACUUUAUUAUCAACUAACUCGAAUCUCAGAUACAACAUCAAAUAAUGUGCAUUUUUGGCAAGAAAACAAUUCAUCACCAUCAUCCAAUUCAAUGCAUAACUAAUUCUAUUGCUCAUUCAUGUUCUGUAUGAACUAUAAUGUAGUCCAAUUCAACGUGAGUUCUGUUUCUUAGAGUAUCUAGUAAAUGUAUAGUAAUGAUAGGUAGUGAGUAGCAGUGGAAUUCAGGAUGCGCAUUUCGUCCUAUUUGUCACUCGUCAGCUGGAUGUACCUGCCUCCCAGUGAGUGAUGUUGUUCCCACAGGGACUCGGACUCGGGAGCGAUCGCUUCGAGCGCGAGAGCAUUAUCCACUAUACCUAGUAAAUUCUUUAUUUAUUCUACAUUGUAAAAAGCUAGUGCUAAAAAUGUAAACUUUCACUUCAUAUGACUUUAAGGUUUUCUGUUUAGUUUGGAUGCUAUUUCCUGGUUGUGGACAAAUGAAAUAUCCAAGGUGUCCGAUACUAUGGACUCAAGAAUUAUUCAGCAAUGUGUCCGUGAUAACCUCUUAGGAAAGGUGGCUUCAACAUCGGGUGGGACACUUUGGAGUGCUGUUUAACUGGCCUACAAUUACACUCUAGUUAUCCACCGUCCAUCCUGAACGUAAAUGGAAUUUCGGUGUUUUCCCCUCAACUCUCUUCGAAGAUGCUAGGAUUAUUUGUAACCUGAAAAAAUCCAAAGCAGUGAAAUUUGAUGGCUUGUCACCGAGAGUUUUUAAGGGUGGAGAUUAAAAACUACACAGUAUAGUGACGAACGUGCUAGCUAAUGUAUACAAUCAGAGGUAUUUCCAUCGAAUUGCCCUAGAUCGAUAAGGGAGCAGGGUGUUUUUGUGAUAACCAUAGGGGAAUUAAUUUGACUAGCAUCAUGUCAAAGAUCCUACUGUCUAUAAUUAUGUGAAGCUUGUCUGAGGGUCUAUAACAAACAACUCGAGAAAACCAAUCAGGUUUUACAUAUGGAUGUGGAUGGGCUGAUCUCAUCAUCAUGCCUUGACAGCACAUGCCUACUUACCGGUGGCCAACACUUACCAUAUUUCUUAACUUGAAGGCAGUAUCCGACAUCGUCGAUCAAGAGGUAUUGUGGAGAUAUCUGACUCUAUCUAAUUCCAAUCAAAGCGGUCUACUCAGACUCACACAUUCGUGUAAAGGCGUUCAGGAAGUUGUCAUCUGAAGUAGGUAACUUCCAAUUUUGAUGAAUUGAAUUGCUCUUUGAACUGCAUCCGUUUGACCUGGCGUAUGCAGGUGAUCUCUGGUUCAUUGGUUCAGUUGGUGACGGGUUCAAAAUCCCACGGGAUUACUGGUGCUUGGAUAACCAUGUGGCUCCUCGUCUACUUUACGAACAUUCAGACUGUUUCUAAGCGAGUAGUUUUUACGAAGAGGCCAGAAAAAUUAGUAUCUUCUGAAUGAUUUGAGAGAAAUUCUUGCUUGACAUGCAUUUUGUAUCCACGAAGUUUUUGCGCGCACUCUUCUUCACUUCUUUGUCCAGUGUGAUGUUAUUUUAUAACUCGUGUUCAGUUUCUCUUUCGUUGUUCAUCCUUGCACUGGAGUAGACUGGUAUAUCUUCUGCUUCACCAUCUUCUUGUCCUCUAUAAGCUUCCAUGUGUCCGUGCCUUGCUAGGUUCAAACGUAGUGCAGACAUUCCAUGUCCCCAUGCUUACUUUUCUCUUUCAUCGAGAGAAGGUAUAUCAGCCAAUUGGCUUCCCGAAGGCUUUCACCGACCGGCGUCAUUUCGUCUCUCUGAUUCCAGCUAUGAUUAAGUUUGUUUUAUUUUUUAUAUUUUCUUUGUGCUUUGAGGUUUGCUUAGCGAUUGGAUUGGUUUUCCGGCUAGGAUUGCUACCCCUAUACCCAACCUUUCCUGUUUAUCCGAGCUUAGAACCGUCUAGUAACUAGUGUACUAGUUAAUUAGGUGAGGUUAAAUUAAUGUAAUAAGUGUAAAAUACUCCCUUUAUUCUUGCAAUCAUCUUAGCUUAUUUUGAAGACUCUUACAAUUACAAUAUAGUUAUGGUAUGUUAGUCUAUCUAUAUUUAUUUAAGUAAGUUAGCUAACUACUCUUGCACCUUUUCCUAGUUUAUGUGUUUAUACCAGUUAAUAUUUACGUGGGACCUAGGAAUACGCAAUCAGCUACCUAGUACACAUCCAUGCAGCAGGCUGUCUAUAUUGGCACAGGUUACAUUAGAUAAAAGGCAGUUAGAUGAAAGAUAAGGAAACGGUGGGAAAGUAUGGUCGAAAGCUGUAACUAGUCAUAAGAAGACAAGAAAAGAGAGGUUAAAUUAAUAAUGAAUUGGGAUAUAUGUAUGAUUAAGGAAAAAAAAUAUGUAUAGAUGCAUCUCCGCCACCGUGUUCAAUUCAGUGGCGUAUCACCUAAAGUCUCCCUCUACUGAUUUCAACUACCAUGUAAACUUCAACCAGAGAAUCUACAUUUCCCUACAUGUCUCAGACCAACAGUUACAGACUUCAUAGACUGGCGUCCUAUAUUAGCCUGGUAGUCUCUAAAUUUUAUUUUCAACGUAAACUUUCUUCAAUUGCGAAGCCGCCAGUGACUAUGAGUGCGUAACACAUGUCCGUGUCAUCUUAGUCGAUGGAGAUUUACAACUUCUGCCUGGAAUUUUGCGUCACGAACAUAGUGGUUCCACAACAUACGAACUACGCUACAAAGGUGGCGUUGGUCACACACCUUUCGGUUGUUGCAUAUGUGAGCACUGCAUCUUUGUAUCUUUUCUCCAUAAUACGAAAGUAGUGUUUACUUGUUAUACUGUUCUCGGUUCCCUUUUCAUGUCACUGAUGAAAUAUGUGUGAGUUGAUUAGAUCUUAGGCUCCGUUGCAGUAGCAUUAUAUACUUUUUCUUCAUUUAUCGCUAAUAUUCAAAUUUCAAAAAGCAAUUACAAUUUGCUUCAGUAUUUUGUGUCUUGUACAUGUCAGCAAAUACCCUAUGGAUUAAGAAACGAAGAACAUUAUUACCGUGUCAUACUGUUACUCGUGUAUGGUUAAGUAAUUACUCUAAUUAGGUUGUGAAUACGUGCACGUGAAGUGUACCAUUAUAUCACUAGAACUUGAUUUAAAUUCAAAAAAAAGAAGCUUAAUCGUACCUUUUUUUUCUUUCUCAAUUGUUGUCAUUCAUUAUUGACCAAGAAAAAAACAUCAAUGACUUUAGAUGUUUGCCUUAUAGAGUAGGAGUAUCUUCGUUAAUUAUUGAAGACUUCAAUAUGUUUUUAUACCCUUUCUGUGAGUCAUAUCGAUCAUCAUCAGAUUGCUACACUUAAGCAGCAGCAUGAGAAAAUAUUCUGCUGAAGUUGUUUAGUUUACAUACAGAUGGUAUGCUUCG